AUGAGUGAGCAGAAUCACUGGAAACACACGUGGCCUAGCGCACGAGUACUCGGUCAAUUCAUCGUCUCGAAUCGACACCUUUUCGAGGGGAAACGCGUGUUGGAGCUCGGCUCGGGUGCGACCGGAGUUUGCGGGCUGACGGCCGGGAAAGUGGGAGCAAAAUCGGUGACGUUGACCGAUCAUCCGGCUUUGGAGCAGGCUUUCUCCAUCUUGCAGAAGAACAUCGCUCAAAACGGUUUGCAGAACGUGUGCACUAUACAAGGUCUCGAUUGGAACGAGCCGAAUUUUGAAUCACUGCAAAAAGUCGACUUGAUCAUCGCCUCUGACGUUUUUUACGAUCCAGAGGUCUUCCAACCGCUCAUUUCAACGAUCGACGCCUUGUUGACGCGUUACCCCGAGGCGCUUCUCUAUUUCGCGUAUCAGGAUCGAGACGACUGGUUCAUCGGCGGUGAUCUUCUCGAGCGUUCACUCUCCGCCUCACUCGUUCGUUCGAUUCAGGCCGAAUCGUACACGAUACAAAUCGGCACGAUUUAUCGUCUCGACAUGGCUCAGGGAAAAGUUUUCGCCGGAAUUGAGGGAGGAGCGACCAGCUCGAAAUUGGUGUUCCUGAACGAGAAAGCCGAAUCGCUGGGGGUGUUCGAAGGGGCGGGCACAAAUCUCUACUUGAACGGGCUCGAGCAGACGGCCAAUGACAUUGCGAAUUGGGUGAGAAAGGCGAAAAGUGAGAUCGGCAUCAAGGGACCGCUUGAAUCUUUGGGAAUGGGUUUAUCGGGUGCCGAGGAUCCCCGUUUGAAUGACCGCCUGGUCGAAUAUCUGAUGGACAAUCACGGGGAUGUCACCAAAGCGGCACAUCUCGUCUCCGAUUCGGUCACAUGCAUCGGCGCCUCGUUCAAGAAUGGUGGUGUUGUGGUGAUUGCGGGAACGGGCUCAUCGUGUCGAAUGUUGACGGAGGAUGGAGAAGAGAGACAAGUCGGCGGAUGGGGACACAUGAUUGGAGAUCAAGGGAGUGGACACUGGAUUGCGAAUAGAGCUCUCCGUCACUUAUUCAAUGUCGACGAUGGUGUUGAGAAAAGCGUUGGAUCGGUGGAAACGCUGAGAACGGUAGUGCUCGAGUAUUUCCAAAUUGAGGACAAGGUGCAAGUGCUCGACUUUCUCUACGCGAAAUUCGUCAAAUCUGAGGUGGCGAAACUAACGACAAAGCUGGCGGAAAAUGCUUCUGACCCGGUGAUCGCCGGGAUUUUCUAUGAAGGCGGAUGGGAAUUGGGGAAACAUGUGGCCGCCAUCAGUCGACACAUGUCUGAGGCAAUGCGUCAAGACAUGCCGAUUGUCAUGGUGGGAAACGUUUUCAAAUCGUGGCCACUCCUCAAGAAAGGUUUCAUCGAUGCGGUCCGCCAACUAUCCCCUCAUCCAAUCCAAUCCAUUCAUCUGCAUCAUCUCACCGAAACGAACGCCUUUGGGGCAGCGGCGUUGGCCUCAAAAAGAAUUGACCACGAUCUACCAUUCAAUCAUCAACCGCAUCUUUUUGAAACCAUUCAUUUG